CCACGGAGAACAGAUAGCAUCAUAGAAGGCUCCCUCUCUGUUUGUCUGUGGCUUGAGCGCGCUUUUCUCUGGUUGAGAUCUCGGAAUCAUGCCAGGGGGUCAACUAGAAAGAGAGGAGAAGAUUUCGGUGGAGUUGACGGAGGAGGUUUUGCAAUGCAUGGAUGUGGGCUUGAUCUUCAGAGAUUAUAAUUGCAAGAUCAGUUCACUGGACUUCCACAGGACAGCAAAUUAUUUGGUUACUGCUAGCGACGAUGAGUCAAUCCGCCUCUAUGACGUUGGAAAUGCCACGAUGUUGAAAACUAUUAAUAGCAAAAAAUAUGGUGUUGAUCUUGUUUGCUUCACUCCUCAUCCUACAACUGUUAUAUACUCUUCAAAGAAUGGUUGGGAUGAAUCUCUGCGGCUUCUUUCAUUGCAUGACAACAAGUACCUGCGAUACUUCAAAGGUCAUCAUGACAGGGUUGUGUCUCUCAGCUUGUGUUCGAGAAAAGAAUGGUUUAUCUCGGGCUCUCUUGAUAGAACUGUACUACUUUGGGAUCAACGUACUGAAAAGUGUCAGGGUCUCUUGCGUGUACAAGGUAGACCCGCAGUUGCUUAUGAUGAUCAAGGUUUGGUCUUCGCCAUUGCGUUUGAAGGGGGAUAUGUAAGAAUGUUUGAUGCUCGUAGGUAUGAAAAGGGUCCAUUUGAUAUAUUUUCUGUGGGAGGAGACAAAUCUGAAACUCAUGUAGUGAAAUUCAGUAAUGACGGGAGGCUAAUGCUUCUAACCACCGUUGAUGGAUAUAUCCAUGUGCUUGAUUCUUUCAAUGGAACACUGCUUUCAAGUUUCAAAGUUGCACCAGUUACAGGUGGUGGCACUCUUGAAGCAUCCUUUAGCCCCGAUGGGAUGUUUGUAAUAUCUGGUUCAGGGAAUGGAAGUGUCCAUGCGUGGAGUGUUCGGACUGGUAAAGAGGUUGCUUCGUGGACAAGCAUUGAAAGUGACCCUCCUGUAAUUAAAUGGGCAUCGGGAGCUCUUAUGUUCGCCACCGGCUCCACUGAAUUGUCAUUCUGGACUCCAGAUCUAAGCAAACUGAGCUCUAUGCUAGGAACAAAAUAGGAAGCUAGAAAGUGUACAUUCUCGUGUACCCGUGGACCUUGUUUAUGGCUGCCACUAAUUGUUGUCCAACCAAGGUAUCACAUGAAAUAGGAAAAAUUCUGAGAUCGUGUCUUCACAUUGACAUUGUUCUCAAUACAUGUUUCUAGACCCUUCUGCACUAGCGACCAUAACUAGCACAAUCUUGAAAACGAAAUUGUAAAAUUGGGAGCACUGAAGGUGCUCUUCCUGUACAUACUAUCACUAGUCCAGGAAAUGUAAAGAACUGAAAAUUGGGUUUUCUUGUA